GGACCUGAUGGACUAUUACUCCAGACACCAUAUCUUUGCCAGCCUCACAGAGCCAUUCACUGCUCUACAGGUAUGUAUGCAGGGUGCCAUGGAAACCCUGUUGCUAGCCGACAGACUAACGUUCCUCAGGGAACACGGUCUCUCCCCCAUCCUCCUGCCCCUGUUUGACGACCUCGUUUCCCCCAGAAACAUCGCCAUAGUAACCACACUCCCAGGGAAAACAAGUUGCAGCGACGACAGAGAAAACAGCAGAGGCAGCGAAACUUGUGCACUAGACCACUCCUCUCCCCUCUCGCCGAGGGCAGGAAAAUGACGGACACUCCGGCCAGGAUGAGAGCGCUGGCCACCACCAGGAUGGGCAGGUAGGGAGAGGCUCCGGCUGAGAAGAGACUCCCAAAUGUCACGUUUCCAGUGAUGGCUCCAAUUCUGCCCAGAACCGACUGUAUCCCAAAUGCUGUGGACCUGGGGUUCAUACAAGUAUUUUAUACUAUGAACUUGUCUAAAUAAUACACUGAUAUUUGUACAGAAGUUU